GUUUUGCUUCUGCUAAUUUUCCACUUUACCUUUACCACCACUUCCCAAACAAAUUCCCGAUAAUUUUGGAUUCUCGUAUCUCCGGGGGAUCCGGCCGGAAUCGGGAACGGGAGUCGGGAUCGAGAAUAUGAUUAGUUGCGAUUCGAUGGAGCAUUUGUGAGGGUGUCCUGUAAUAACGAACGACGAACGAACAUAAAAUAAUUUAAAGUAUGUCGGAUCGACAACGAAAGGCUAGCAGCCUAACGGGGGGCUACAUUUCGGCAAAGAUGGCCAACGAUUUGAGCCCUAGGAAAACUAUGGUGGUCUUGGUGAUAGUUGUCGGGUGUUUCGCGGUGUUGUGGCCCAAGGUUUUCUAUCCCAUGCUUUUGGGAUCUGCGAAUAGGCAUAUCAAACCCAGUCCCAUGGACAGGACGAAAGGUUGUUGCGACGUCAUCUCAGAAACGGACCUGCACACCCUCAAAAUAAUGUCGCACAUAUGCAGCACCAUCAUUAAACCGGAAGAACCCCUAGACCCAAGAGCCCUAAUCGCCAAGUGCCGGAGCAGGGUUCUGGACAUAUGCGGCAUCGACCUGUCAGCCGUGCUGCUCGAGCAGGUUCAGCUCGGGCAGACCAGCAGGCAGAUCCUGGACCAGGUGCGCUCGCUGAACGGCUCGCUCUGUCUCAAGUACAACUUCGGGGUGGCUCCUUGGAGCUUGGGUGUUCCGCACAGGGUGGCCGUUAGAGUGGUAUCUUCCAGUAACUUGCAGAUGAAAUCUUUCCUCAGGUGUGAAGCAAGAAAGGCCGUUACACCUGAGAUCAGAAAUGGUGCACCCCGCUUUCAGAGAAAGGGGUAGGGCGAUACCACAGUCCCAGCCGCAAGAAAAACCUGCGCCGCCAUCCAAGCUCAUACCGAAAGUAAUAGUCCCAGGAAGGCCAGGUCCGGUUCCAGGCAUGCGCCCCACGAUAGGGGGCGCAGGUCACGUGGUUCCUGCUCCUAAACAAGGCGCUGGCAGUAUGGGUCUCAUAAUGCCCAUCUACACCAUUGGCAUCAUCAUAUUCUUCACCUAUACCGUGAUGAAGGUGUUGUUCAAGAAACAGCCGGAUUCUUUGUAUCCCUCUGUAGAUGCUGACGCGACGUUCAGAAGGGAAGUGUUCGAAUCUGCCAAGGUCCAUUUGCGUCCAAGGACUGAAAAAGAUGGCGUUUCCACUAAAUUAGUUGUGAAUGCGAUGUCUGCACUAUUGGACGAAGUCGAUCAAGAAUUAUCAGCGCGCCAUAAGGCUAGUGAGGUUACUGACCAGGACGUAGUGGCUAACGGAAGAAUAGUAACCCGAGAAGAGGAUCAUGCCUCUGUCAAGGUGCUGGGCAUGGAAACAACAGCAAGCUGCGAAGGCGGCAAAAAAUGGUCCCGUCCAGAUUCUCCCGUGUUGCCAGCUCAUCCUCAAAGUGCAGACCCAAUCGAACCGCCUCAGGAAAUUUUCUUGGAAGGUUCUUUACCUCCUCAGUCACAUCUUUUGGUGACUGAUUCCGCUACAGAGGCUCAGAAUGUCAACUCAGAAGAAGAUCCAGCCGUUGUUCUAGCAGGAAAAAUGACCUUGUCUGUUAUCAGUCUCGAUUCUUCCGAUAACUUGACAGACGAGUCGUCGAACGGAGGUAAAAACGGAGAAAGAAGCAGCAGCAAUACCUCUGAAGAUUUUGAAAAAAUCGAAGCUGACUGUCAACUAGGUCAGAUCAAUGAUGCAAUUGAAGAAGCACAAAAUAUCGGAGUAAAGCAAAGUUUGCUAGAUGAAAUAAGAGACGAGACCAAUCAGAACAAAGGAGAUGCCAAUAUGGAAAUACUAGAAGUAAUUGAAGAUUCUGAAAAAGGAAAUAUAGAAGCUCAACUAAAAGAAAAUUAUUCAGAACCGGAAUUGCCGAUCACUGAAGAUGAGUUGAAAUUGGAAGGUGAAAUUGAAGAAUCAGAACAGAAAAUGGAGGAAACCAAGCAACUUACAUUGAAUCAAGAUAUACCUGAAACAAAUGUUGAAGAAAUAACUGAAAAAUCCACCAUCAAUGAGAAGAAAUCUGUAGAAGCAGAAUGCAAAGAACAAGAACUGGCCCAAAGCCAUCCAGUAGAACUGAAAGAUACAGUUACUGAAGAAAAAAUGUCUUCUGACAUCAAUGAAGAAUCUUCACCAGACAUUCUUGUUGAUUUGCAUCCAAGUGAAAAAACUGUUGAGGAAAGUAUUAACUUAGAUCGGGAAGCAAUGAAAGCUAAUGGAGGAGUCACAAUUUCUGAGAGUGAAGAGGAAGUUGAGGAAGAGGAAGAAGAGGAAGAAAUCGAGUAUGAGUAUGAGGAGAGUGAUGAUGAGGUGGAUGAAGAGAUAAGAAACGUUGAAAGGAUGGAUGAACAGGAUGAGAGACCCUCUCAGAGAAUGAAUGGUGGUGAUUUUGACCAUUCGAAGAAUGGGACUAUAAGUGAUGCUAAUAUGGCAGAAAAUGACAUUUCUGAUGAUGAAAAUUCAGAUGAUGAAGAUGUUAAAGAAGAAAUCAUAGAAUAUGUGACUGAUGAAGAAGAUGCAGAUUUGAUUGAAAACAGUGUUAAUCAUGUGAAUGACAAUUGAGAAGGAACAAUAUCUGAAGCUCAGACAUUUCAAUCUUAUUAACACUUGAUUAUUUUGAAGAAAAUAAUAUUGUUUGGAAAGUAUUGUGAUUUUAGAUUUUUAACUUUUCAACAUAGCAUCUUAUAAUGCUAUUUCAUCCUACAAAACAAACAACCCUUGAAACAGCCCCAUUACCUUCAAUAGAUUAGAUUGCACAGCAUUUUAAUAGAUUGUAGAGAUUGUCAUUUAGAGUGGUUUUUUUCCUGAUCCAUUGUUAUGUUUGUGUUUUUUUAUGAUGAUUUGUUUUGAAUAUUUAUAUUAUUGGGUUUCAUGAGAACUUUUAUUCUGAAAUGUAUUACAUUGAAUGAUUAUAGAAUAAAAUAAUGUUACUAUACACUAUUGUUUAUUGAGAAAAUAGCUUCCAGUCAGAAAUGAAAUUCUGGUAUGAAAAAGUUGAUUACCAACAAUAAUAAUAAAAUAACA